AUGUUGGUUUUCGAAGUGAAUGAUGUUCCAAGUAAAUUGGAAAUUUUGUUUUUUGGAGCACAACAAAUGUUGAUUUGUUUGUCCUCUUUGUUGGUUAUUCCGUAUUUGGUAUCAACUACUGUUUGUGCAGCAAAUAAUCAAAUUAUGGAAUUACGGUAGAUUUUCAAAAUUGAUCAUAUUUUUAAAAAGAUAAUUUUUUUGCAGAGUUCAAUUAAUCUCGGCCACAUUUGUCACUUCAGGAAUAGCGACAAUUCUUCAAACAACUCUCGGACUUCAUCUCUCAAUUCUCCACGGUCCCUCAUUCGCAUUUCUUCCCGCUCUACACAGUUUCCACGUGGCAAAUCCAUGUUCCCCUGAUGUUCAAUGGCAAGAUCUAAUGCAACUUCUAAUUGGUUGUUGCCUAAUUUCCAGUCUUGUUAUGCCAUUUUUAGGAAUUACUGGAUUAAUUGGAUUGUUUUCCAAAUAUAUUGGACCUAUUACAAUUGUCCCAUUGAUGUGUCUUUUGACAAUUGGAACAGUUCCAGAUAUUGAAGAAAAAAUGUCACUUCAUUGGAUUUCUGUGGUGUAAGUGAAGAUCAGUUUUUUGACAAGGAUAUCACUAAGAAUCCAUUUUUCAGGGAAGUCUUGAUUUUAUUGAUCUUCGUAAUUCUUCUCGAAAAUUUUGAAGUUCCAAUUCCAGUUUGGUCAUUUGAAAAGAAACACUUUCGUAUUAUCCAUCAAAAAAUCUUCAGCCAAUUUCCAUAUCUUAUCGGAAUUGGUCUAGCUUGGAUUAUUUGUGUAUUUUUAACAAUGACAGAUUUAGAACCUCAGGGUGGAGCAGCCCGAACAGAUAAAAAUGAGAGUUUGAUGAUUCUUCAAAACUCGCCAUGGAUUCAAAUUCCACUUCCUGGGAAAUUUGGAAUGCCGCGAUUUGAGGCUUCGUUAAUUGCGGGAUUCAUUGCAUCUGCAUUGGCUGCGACAAUUGAAAGUGUUGGAGAUUAUAGUGAGGAUUUUAUUGGGAGCUGAUUUAUUUGGAGGUUGAACUUUUUAAAUUUGUUUUUAUUUUGAAAAAAAUCAUUCAAACUAGUUCACUUGGAUCAUUUGAAUCCAAUUAGUUUGCAUUCAUGCAUAAAUAUAUUUUCAGAUCUCUGCGCCAAAAUCUCUGAACAAUCUCGUCCACCAAAAUCCUCAAUAAAUCGUGCGUUUCUCAUCGAAGGUUUCGGCAGUUUUUUGGCUGCAUUAAUGGGUGUUGGAUGUGGUGUCACAACUUACGCUGAAAAUAUUGCAAUAAUGUCAGUGACAAAAGUUGUGAGUCGAGUGACAAUGCAAAUGGCUGGUGUAUUAUUGAUUUUCGCUGGAAUUGUCACAAAACUUGCUGCACUUUUAUCAAUGAUUCCGGAUGCAAUUAUUGGUGGAUUAUUAGCUUGUGGUGUUUGUAUGAUAAAUGGAGUUACUUUGAGCAAUUUGCAGGUAAAAAAUGACAGACAACUAAUUCAAUAAUGAAAUUAGGCAGUGGAUCUUCGAUUAUCUCGAAAUUUAACAAUUAUUGGAAGUGCUGUGAUUUUGGGAUUGGUUAUUCCAGUACAUUUUGAAAAACAUGAGCUGAAUACGGGAUUUCGGAAUUUCGAUGAUAUUUUUGGAACUUUGCUGAAGAUUCGAAUGUUGGUUGGGGGAUUUAUUGCAUUUGUUUUGGAUAAUAUCACAGGAGGUUUGUUUAGAAAAUAUGAGAAAACUAAAACCACGUUGAAAAUUGACAAACUAAAAAUUUGAAACUAGAAUCAAUGCUAAUUUUUGUCAAAAAUUACGAUAUUGAUACAAACAAACAUUUUCCUUGUAGAAACCGAUUGAUAAAAAAUAUUACCAUAAAAAACAAAUAAAACCUGUAGAGCAAAAUCAGAUCCAAAAAUUGUUCCAUUUUUCUUUCCAAAAAACUUUUUUUUUAAAUUAAUUCAAAAAACUGAUUCAAAUUUUUAGACCGCUUUUUUUCUGAACUUAAACUCAUUACAUAUUUUUAGGAGCAACUCGAGAGCAACGUGGCUUUCCAUCAUCAUCUGAAAACGAUUCGGAAACCACAGAUGGCUAUAAUUUUCCACCAAAAAUUCAUAAAGUUCUAUUAAAGUUUCCAAAAUUUCCCCCAAUUUUUCCAAAAAAAUGA